AUGGGUUUUCAGACUCCAGGUAUUCAAAGUCCAUUAUUCCAAGUUCCAGUAUUCCAAAACCAAGGUCAAACGGAUCAGGUUCCAUUAGUAACUCCCGAAAUGGUGCACCAAAGGUUCGCAUCAGUAGAACAUACUAUGGCUGCGCAGGUGGAACAAUUUGAAAACGCUUUCCAGAGGUUAAUUGAUCAUAGUGCAAACACAGGAGGUGCUGGUUCCAGUGGAUCUGCAGUGAGGAGAAGUAACACAACUACAGGAACAGCACGUGUAGAAUUACCACCGGUUGACAUGGUAAACAAUCCAUUAUACAAUGCUAUAUUCCAACCGUCUGCAACAGAAAUUCCGGUACAGCAUACCGGAAAAGAGUCAAGAAAUAAUGGAUUGCAAACUGUAUCAAAUGCAGCAAGGCAAGGGACGCAUAGUUGGAUAACAUAUGGACCGCAAGGGACGUUGGAACCUGGUCUUCAGGGUUCUAGUGGUGCAGGAACCAACCAAGGCUAUACUGGUGCAGGAAGUAAUCAGGGCCAUGCUGUUGAAAGUUUAGGAGAGGCUGGUCAAAAAGCACAAGGAAGUAAUGACUGCCGUUUCAUAUUAUACCAAAAUCGGGUUGUUCUGCCAAUGUCAGGGAAUAAUAAUGCAAGUGCAAAUUUGGCCGAUUCACACAUACGCCAAGGGUCUGACGUUGUAGUUGCUAACCCACAUAUUGCUCCACCACAUCCAACAGUAGAAGAAAAUAGGAAAGAACAGCAAUGGAUGGAAAACGAAGGAAAUCAUAUCUUGAAUAGAAAUAGAGCACAAGCUGCUGAUCAACCUGUUGGAAAUCGACACAACCCACAUCAACAACGUUUUUGGGGUUAA